AUGUAUGUGAAAUGCUUUGAAACAGUAAUGUUUUACUAUGUCGUAUUAGUUUAUUAGAAAAUGGCAGUUUCUAAAAUUUUUUAAUUUGCCGCCAAUCCGGCCCCCGUACGUCCCGACGCUCGCAGGGGCCAGAACACGGAAGCCGGAUGCAGGCAUCAGCUGGGGGAGAUGGCCGGGGACGCUGCAGUGGACACAUCGUGGGAGCGAAGGACAAGGUAAGCGCUGCAGGGACUCCCUAUGCAACGCUGCAUGGUAAGCCCGAGUGUAGCUCGGGGUUACCGCUUUUGGUACUGAAACUCUACCCCGAGCUACACUCUGGAAUACCGCUAGGGAGGUUAAAGCAAUUCUAAA